ACAACUGCGCAUGCUCGGCGCGAUCUUCCAACAAAUUCGAAAAAUAUGGCGGCGCUGUUGACAACAGUAACAGAGCAGUGGAUACGACAGAAGCUACAUCUAAAUCACCAUUGCCUUGCGGAUGUGAGAUCACUGAGCCUCCCAGGCUCAUACAAGGAGAAAAUCAGACAUCUGGGAAUCUCACUAAAGAACUUUGUCCGUUUGAAAACCCUGAACCUCUCCUGUAAUGCACUCAUCUCUGUCGAGGGGGUCCAACACUUGAAGAGGCUGGAGAGGCUGAACUUGUACUACAACAGCAUUCCCUCCCUUCAGGAGGUCAAAGUGCUCUGCCUGCUGACUGCUCUGAGAGAGCUGGACCUGAGGCUCAACCCUCUGGCUAAAACAGAUCCACACUACCGCCUGUACUUGGUGCACGCACUGUCCAACCUUCGCAAGCUUGAUGACUGUCCAGUCAGGGACAGUGAGAGAAAAGCUUCAAUCAUGCAUUUCUCCUCAGACUCUGUGCUCGGACCCCAACAGACGAGCUCCUCGGAGACAGACAUCACUGACCAGAGGAGCAGUAAGCCGAGGAUGGCCUCAGUAAAUCGCCUGGCCAAGAAGCUCUCUGUCCUGGAUGACAACGAUGACAUAGUGUUGAACCUUGUCGCUAAGAGCAACUGGGACCAAAGUGAACCUCUGUUCCUUACUGGUUCUUUCCACAAGGAGCCAGAGUCCCAGCUCUAUCAUCAGAUCAAAGAUGAGUCUUGUCAUUCCCAGUCCAAUGGUCUACGUUUAAGAGAAGGAUCUCGAAGGAAAGGUUCUUCCUCCUCGUUGAAAACGUCAGAGAGGCCGAGGGUAACCUUUAACCCCCGUGUAGAGAAACACAGCGGGACUAGCUCUGGACGGGAGGAGCGAGAGAAACUCCCCAAACACCUGAGAGUCACAGCCAAGGGCCACUUCACCCCUCACCCUGAUCAAGUUGACCAGCAUAAGUCUUCCUUAGUGAAGAUCCGGCCCCCCAGUCCAAGAAGUCCCUGUCCCAGUAGGUCUGAUGCCACCAACCCCAUCCUGCACCCUCCCAGACUGUCCUACCAUAACACCCAGCAGACAGCAGGGGGCUCCACCUCACCACAGAAACAUGCCAAGCUUCAGAAGGGAAGCUAUAGGAAACCAAUGGAGAUGCUGCUGAGCCUAGUGGACAAGCACUGGACAGGGGAGAGGCCACUGCACCAUGACAACAACUUCCUCUCUCAGGCAGUCCAGAUCCUGUCCAUGAUGGAACAAGACAUCUCCAGUGGAGAAGCCGAGGUCAGGACGUUGAGAGGGAACGUUGAAGAGCUGAAGGAGCAGGCAGAGAUACGAGACCAAGACCACAGGACAGAGACCCAUAGACUAACUACACAGCUGGAGGAAGCACACAUCUCUGUUGACAGUUUGAAUGAGCAGCUGAGGAUACUGCUGGAGGAUAACGUCUCUCUACAGAAGCAGAUGAUCAGAUUAGAAAAACAAUAUCUCAACUCUAUGAUGAAAAGUUCACCAAACACUGAGAUAUGUGAGAAGCAGGCAGAGGUGGAUGAGCUGAGGAAGAAGGUAUCAGAGCUGAGGGAGAAGGUCGAGGAGGGGGAGAGAGUCAAGGAGCUGGCAGAUAUGCUGCAGGAGAACCAUAGGUCACUGGUUGCAACUAAUGAGCGUUUGCUGAGUGAAUUGGAGGGGACUGGGAGACGGCUCUGAGGAGCUACAAGUCACAACAACUAGAGAGAACUGGAGGAGACUGGGAGACGGCUCUGAGGAGCUACAAGUCACAACUACAACAACUAGAGAGAACUGGAGGAGACUGGGAGACGGCUCUGAGGAGCUACAAGUCACAACUACAACAACUAGAGAGAACUGGAGGAGACUGGGAGACGGCUCUGAGGAGCUACAAGUCACAACUACAACAACUAGAGAGAACUGGAGGAGACUGGGAGACGGCUCUGAGGAGCUACAAGUCACAACAAC